UGCCGGCUCAGUCGUUGUGCGGGAGUGGUCAUUGAGGGAUGUGCAGUGUCGUAACGCGUGAUUGAAAGAAAAAAAACGAACGAAAGAGUACGAAAGAAAAGUGGAGAAGCAACGGUAGUUUUUUUUUCAUAUUUGCGAGCAUCAUUUGACGUCGCUCGCCAAAUUUAAAAUCAUUUUGACGUGGCUCAUUUAGAAUUACAGUAGUAUAACUCUAGUCCAAAGAGGCACACCUCGAGUCUUGUCUCUCUUGUGAUAGAGAGAGAAAGAGAAAACGGAGCACAAUCGAGACUCCGUGUAAUUUAUUUAAGUAUUUAUUGUAUAAAGGAUUUUUAAAAUAGCUGACACAAUGUCCGUGGACAAAGAGGAAUUAGUGCAACGUGCGAAGCUCGCAGAACAAGCAGAGAGGUACGAUGACAUGGCAGCUGCUAUGAAAGCGGUGACUGAGACGGGAGUUGAGCUGUCAAACGAAGAGAGAAAUCUUCUUUCUGUCGCUUAUAAGAAUGUCGUCGGUGCGAGACGUAGCUCGUGGCGAGUAAUAUCCUCGAUUGAGCAAAAGACCGAGGGAUCUGAACGCAAACAGCAAAUGGCUAAAGAGUAUCGAGAAAAAGUUGAAAAAGAAUUACGUGAAAUUUGCUACGACGUUUUGGGUCUUCUGGACAAGUACCUGAUUCCGAAGGCUAGUAAUGCCGAAAGCAAAGUAUUUUACCUUAAGAUGAAGGGUGACUACUACAGGUAUCUUGCGGAAGUCGCAACUGGUGAAACCAGAAACACCGUGGUAAAUGACAGCCAGAAAGCGUACCAAGAUGCGUUUGAGAUCAGUAAGGAGAAGAUGCAACCUACUCACCCAAUCAGGCUAGGUCUUGCGCUGAACUUCUCAGUCUUCUAUUAUGAGAUCCUAAACUCGCCAGACAGGGCGUGUCAACUGGCCAAACAGGCGUUCGAUGAUGCGAUUGCGGAAUUGGACACAUUGAAUGAAGAUAGUUACAAAGAUUCCACGUUAAUCAUGCAGCUGUUGCGUGACAACCUCACGCUCUGGACCAGCGAUACGCAGGGCGAUGGGGACGAACCACAGGAGGCUGGCGAUAACUAACCCUCCUAAGAUUAAGUCCUACCUUUUCUUAAUCUAAUAAGAACCUAUUCUCUAUCGUUCCCCGCCCUUGUCCCUAUUCCUUCAAGAGCUCACAAUCAUUAGUCCUUACUUACCAUUUAUCCAUCGAUCCAUUUCACCAAAUCCCCGACAUUUUUCGCGCAAUUCCCGUUCUCCGUACACCUUCCUACCAGUCUGACCUCAUCGAUUUCCUCUCCUCCAACUUCAUUUCCUCAAUCCUCUCUUUGGCAGACAACCUAUUUCCCCAUGCGAGUAGCAUACAUUGACUGCCGCUAUCACGUCGUAUCGUUGGAUGCGUACGACGACAGACCAGGAAGAAAUUAUUGAUCUCUGGACCUCUCUCUCUCUCUCUUUCUCUUUUCCUUUGAAAACAAUUUAUGCAGUUGCAAAUGGACUGGAAUAUUAUGAUAAUAAUUUUGCUUCAAGAGAAACUUGUUACUAGAGUAGUAUGUCCAGUUAAAGCGAAAUAAUAUUCAUCAAAUACCAACAAAAUGGCUAUGAAAACAACUAGAUUAUGUGUUUAAUUGAGAUGAUGACAAAUAAUACUUGAGAAAUUUUAAUAAAUUGAUGAACUGCUAUCUGUAGAGUGAGGGAAUCAGACAAACAUCAAGAAAGAGGGGGAAUAAAAGAAGAUGAGUCAGAGAAAUUAAUAUGGGAUGUGCGUGAGAGAGGUGGAGAUUUAUAAUUCGACGGAAAAAAUAUCAAAGAUGAAGCA